UUAACAUUUAAUACUUUGUAGCUUAUACAAAAUUUAAGAGUCUGUUGCAUAUCCUCAGCUACAUAUAUGGAAUCAAAUGGAACAUAUGUGGCACAAAGGUAGUGAACUAAUAUCAUUGAUUGAAAAUCAUCCUCAAGACACGUAAAACUCAAACUACAUUACAAGGUUGUUUCUGACACAUGAUCUGGUUGGUAUGUGUAGAUAUGCAGUAGUUACAGGUGCAGACAAAGGCAUUGGACUGGAGAUAGUACAGCCACUUGCAUCUUUAGGCAUUGUGGUUGUCUUAACAGCAAGGAAUGAGACAGGGGGAAGGGAUGCCAUAACAAAGCUCCACCAGUUAUGUCUGUCAAUCGAUACAGACAUAAAGGUAUCAAGAUAUUUUGCACAGAUUAAUAAUGCAGGAGCAUCAUGUGUAGAAGUAGACGAGGAGAGUCUACAGACCAUGAAUGUGGAUCCUGCAACUUGGAUGCAGUUGUCAUGUAAGGUUGACAAGACCUUGUUUCAAGGAGUUAUUACAGAAACUUACAUGAAGGCAGAUGAAUGUUUAAAUACCAAUUACUAUGGUGUAAAAAGAGUUACUAUGGCUCUCCUUCCUCUGCUACAGUUAUCAUCUGCAAAGGUAAGGAUAGUGAAUCUCUCCUCCCUCAGGGGUGAGUUGAAGGUAUAUAGCCGAAAUUCAGCUGCAUAAGAAACAUCAUCUUCAAAGCUAAAUGUAAAUAUCUUUUACAGAUAAUAUGCUCAAUAUGUUUUGUAUUAGUGCGAAAAGAAAGAACACAUUGACAUGCCUAAGAAAUACAACAUGAUGAAAAUUGAUGAAACAUCACGGUAUUGC